AUGGCUGAAGAGAAGGCGGCCGGCGCUCCUGCGCUGGACACCAACAUCGAGACUGGCGGCUUCGAUGAGAAGCGAGGACAAGCUCCUCCCCCCACCCACGCCCCCAAGGCUCCCGUCGCCGAAGAUGAGGAGCCCGACGAGGACAUGGACGCCCUGAUUGAGGAUCUCGAGUCCGAGGAUGGCCACGCCUUCGACGAAGAAGAAGAGACUCAGCCUGGAGGUGGCCGUGUUGUUCCCGAAGAUCAGCUCCAAACCGACUCCCGAGUCGGUCUCACCGAAGCCGAAGUCAUCAACCGACGACGCAAAUGGGGCCUCAACCAGAUGAAAGAAGAGCGCGAGAACAUGAUCCUCAAGUUCCUCAUGUUCUUCGUAGGCCCAAUUCAGUUCGUAAUGGAAGCUGCUGCUGUUCUCGCUGCCGGUCUUGAGGACUGGAUAGACUUUGGCGUCAUUUGUGCGCUGCUCCUGCUCAACGCUUGUGUUGGUUUCAUCCAGGAGUUCCAAGCAGGUUCUAUCGUCGAAGAACUCAAGUUCGUCUACCUUCCAAGGCUUUUCUUCCAGAGGGCUGUUGUCCUCCGUGACGGUACUCUCAAGGAGGUCGAGGCCCCCGAGGUCGUUCCCGGUGAUAUUCUCCAGGUUGAAGAGGGAACCAUCAUCCCUGCUGAUGGUCGUUUCGUUACCGAGGGCUGCUUCGUUCAGGUCGAUCAGUCAGCCAUCACUGGCGAGUCUCUCGCUGUCGACAAGCACGCUGGUGACAACUGCUAUGCUUCCUCCGCUGUCAAGCGAGGUGAGGCUUUCGUUAUCGUUACUGCUACUGGUGACAACACCUUCGUCGGCCGAGCUGCUGCCCUUGUUUCCCAGUCCGCUGGAGGCACUGGUCACUUCACAGAGGUUCUCAACGGCAUUGGCACCAUCCUUCUCGUAUUAUCUAACGGCAUAGUGGACAUCCUACGUUUCACCCUGGCUAUAACCAUCGUCGGUGUCCCUGUCGGUCUUCCUGCUGUCGUCACUACUACCAUGGCUGUCGGAGCUGCCUACCUCGCCAAGAAGCAGGCCAUUGUCCAGAAGCUUUCCGCUAUUGAGUCUCUGGCCGGUGUUGAGAUUCUCUGCUCUGACAAGACUGGUACUCUGACCAAGAACAAGCUGUCUCUCGCUGAGCCUUUCUGCGUUGCUGGCGUCGAGCCUGAUGACCUGAUGCUUACUGCUUGUUUGGCCGCCUCCCGCAAGAAGAAGGGUAUUGACGCCAUUGACAAGGCUUUCCUUAAGGCUCUCAAGUACUACCCCCGUGCCAAGAGCGUUCUGUCCAAGUACAAGGUUCUCGACUUCCAUCCCUUUGAUCCCGUCUCCAAGAAGGUCCAGGCUGUUGUUGAGUCUCCUCAGGGCGAGCGUAUCAUCUGUGUCAAGGGCGCUCCUCUCUUUGUUCUCAAGACUGUCGAAGAGGACCACCCUAUCCCUGAGGAAGUCGAUGCCGCCUACAAGAACUGCGUGGCGGAAUUCGCUACCCGUGGUUUCCGAUCCCUUGGUGUUGCCCGCAAGCGAGGUGAGGGUGCUUGGGAGAUUCUCGGAAUCAUGCCUUGCUCUGACCCUCCCCGUCACGAUACUGCCCGCACUAUUAACGAAGCUAAGCGCCUUGGUCUCUCCAUCAAGAUGCUUACUGGUGAUGCCGUCGGUAUUGCUCGUGAGACUUCCCGUCAGCUCGGUCUCGGUACCAACGUUUACAACGCUGAGCGUCUUGGUCUCGGUGGUGGUGGUGACAUGCCUGGUUCUGAGGUUUACGAUUUCGUUGAGGCUGCCGAUGGUUUCGCUGAGGUUUUCCCCCAGCACAAGUACAACGUCGUCGAAAUUCUUCAGCAGCGUGGUUACCUUGUUGCCAUGACUGGUGAUGGUGUCAACGAUGCUCCCUCUCUGAAGAAGGCUGAUACCGGUAUCGCUGUUGAGGGUGCUUCCGACGCUGCCCGCUCCGCCUCCGACAUUGUUUUCCUUGCCCCCGGUCUUGGUGCUAUCAUUGAUGCUUUGAAGACUUCACGCCAAAUCUUCCAUCGCAUGUAUGCGUAUGUUGUGUACCGUAUUGCCCUGUCUCUGCACAUGGAGAUCUUCCUUGGUCUCUGGAUCGCCAUCCUCAACAGGAGCUUGAACAUUGAGCUUGUCGUUUUCAUUGCUAUCUUCGCUGAUAUUGCUACUCUUGCCAUUGCUUACGACAACGCUCCCUUCUCCCAGACCCCCGUCAAGUGGAACCUCCCCAAGCUCUGGGGUAUGUCCGUCCUUCUCGGCGUUGUCCUUGCUGUUGGUACCUGGAUUGCUCUCACUACCAUGUACGCCAACUCUGAGGAUGGUGGUAUCGUCCAGAAUUUUGGUAAGAUCGACGAGGUUCUCUUCCUUGAGAUUUCUCUCACUGAGAACUGGCUCAUCUUCAUCACCCGUGCCAACGGCCCCUUCUGGUCCUCUAUCCCCUCUUGGCAGCUGUCUGGUGCCAUUCUGAUCGUCGACAUCCUUGCCACCCUCUUCUGUAUCUUCGGUUGGUUCGUCGGUGGCCAGACCAGCAUCGUCGCUGUCGUCCGUAUCUGGAUUUUCUCCUUCGGUGUCUUCUGUGUCAUGGGUGGUCUCUACUACUUCAUGCAGGGCAGCACUGGAUUUGACAACCUGAUGCACGGCAAGUCCCCCAAGCAGAACCAGAAGCAGCGAUCCCUCGAGGAUUUCGAUAAUGAGAAAAAGAAGUAUUUCAAGAUCGAAAAAACGCAUACAGCGCCCUCGUCGGCUGCUUGGUCGUCGGAUGCCGUGAAAAGGCGCAAAGUCGAGCAUGAGGCACAAAAACUUGCUGAACGCCAAGCGCAUCAAGUAAAGAAACACAUAAAGCGCCAUUUCGUUGCCAGAGAUACAGUCUCCUCCGCACUCCUUACGAGGGAGAUCGGUCUUCCCUAUGUCGCCGAGAGCGGCCGUGGUAGAGUAGAGGAUGAAGACCUUGGUGCUGCAGCGUGGGCAAGAGGCUUAGUAGCCAAAGGCAACAUCCCUUUUGCACCAAGCUUUGCAAGAGAGCGACAUGCAAAUAUGCCGUGCUUUUAUGUUUCUGGGGAAGAUGAGAAGACCGGUCUUGGGGCUUCUUAUGCCACUUUGGAUGAGGAGACUUUGAAUCCGCUUCUCAAGAGAAGCACCCAGCUCUUCCGGCAGAACCCUUUCAUUCCGUACAGAAGCGCAAUUCUCUACCAGAGAGUCGCUGUCCCUCAUGAGGGACGUGGCGAAUGGAUGGUUCACAAUAGCACGCCCGCCCCUCCAUCUUCGGACCUUAUUUGUGUUGCUAGCUCCAACAGAGGCCUCCUCAAAAUGCACUCCGAGGGGAGCGUCUCGGUGGUUGCCCCAACAGCCGCCCAGAACGGUAUACAGCUCCCACAAGAAACAUUUGCACAAGAUUUCCAGGAGGGAAACCAUAACGUCGUGCUUACUGGUGGGAGGCAACCCAGGCUUUGGAUAACAGAUCUUCGCGCCCCUGAGCCACAAUGGUCAUUUGCGAAUCAUGCAAGCUCCAUCUCCCAUAUCAAGAGUGUAAACCCACACCAGGUGCUUGCAUCGGGAUUGAGGAGCUCAAUGGCCCUCUACGACGUACGCUAUCUUUCAAGUGAACCACGCGGGACAAAGCCACUAUUGUAUUUUCACGGGCAUCGCAACGAGGCCCACUUUCAUAUUGGUUGGGAUGUCAGUCCGGAGUUGAACGUCGUGGCCGCGGCACAAGAUAAUGGGACCGUGAAGCUCUUUUCACUAAGAUCAGGUCGUCAACUACGCUGUCCAGCUGUCGAGACUAUUCACGUCGAUACGCCUAUCAAGGCGCUGAUGUUCCAGAUGAUGCCUAGGGAAAGAAUGCCGAGUCUUUUUGUCGGGGAAGGGCCUUUACUAAGGAAGUUUUCUUUCGGAAUACGGGAAAGGGAUGAUGAGACCUGA